AUGUCCGUCACGCUCGCCCACGCCUUCCUCGAGGCGUACAACCCCGCCAGCGACCUCGGCGAAACGCUCUUCUGGCAAGACGAAGAGUUCGUCGGCCACGGCGUUGUGCCGCCGUGGUACGACACCUACGAACCCGCCGGCCAUCCCAUUCUUAGUCUCGACGCCACAGCCGUCGACAAAAUCAGAGUCUUCGUCCAUCGUUUCUGGGAGCUAAGAUCUGUAGACGCAAAAAAGAAACUGAUUACGAAUCCGGGCGACUCGGAUGGCCGCGAGGGGCUCGCGCACUGUCGCAAAUAUAUCGAGCGAUGUAUGGAUAAAUGGAGAAUCAACGAGCACAUCGACGCGUACGUCGACCUACCAAAGGUCUACCACUGCCAAGGACCCGAGCUCCCGACACUCGAGGACUCCUACGUCCUCCAACGCCCCGAAGUGAUCGACAUCCUCAUAAAGCUCUUCGGCACGCAGGCGCUCAACGCGGUCGACCCGACGGUUCCGCAACAUGCGUAUGCGCAGUUCGUGUGGCAGCUUGUGGCGCUGCGCUGGAACACGUAUCGUAAGCGGCGGAAGGCCGCUGUGAAGUUGGUGAGGAAGCUUGAGGGUGAGCAGGAGGCGCUCGUCGGCGAGCUCUCGGUCAGUACUCCCGGCACACUACAACCUGCCACACUUCGCAAGAUCGACGUAUGGACGCGCCAGACAGCAACACAUAUCAGUUAUCUUCGAAACUUCCACGACCCAGCCAACGCAGACCUGCUCGACAGACUGAAGGCAGAGCUGCAUACACUCCCCGCUCCAUUACAGGGAAAAGCGUGA